UGUGACCCCGAAAGAUUCAACAUACUUGGGUUGGAUAUGGCUCAAUUUGCAUAUUGUGAUAAAUCUCUCCCAUAUAACGUGAGGGCCAAGGACCUGGUGGAUCGUCUGACCUUGGUUGAGAAGGCCCAGCAAAUGACUGAUAAUAGUAGUGUAGAUAUCCCAAGGAUUGGAUUACCGCAUUACAAAUGGUGGUCCGAGGCACUACAUGGCGUGGCUGAAACUGGGGACGGCACUCACUUUGACUCGCUUGUUCCUAGUGCAACAGUUUUUCCAAAUGUUAUUCUCACCACCGCAUCCUUCAAUAAGACACUUUGGAAAACCAUCGGCCAGGCUGUUUCAACAGAAGCAAGAGCAAUGCAUAAUCUAGGACGAGCGGGUUUAACAUUUUGGAGUCCUACCAUCAAUGUAGUGAGAGAUCCUAGAUGGGGAAGAACUCUGGAGACACCGGGCGAAGAUCCCUAUGUCGUUGGAGUUUAUGCUGUUAACUAUGUAAGAGGCCUGCAAGAUAUUGAAGGACAAGAGAACACUAGUGAUCCUAAUUCCAGGCCUCUCAAAGUUUCUGCAUGCUGUAAGCAUUUUGCUGCUUAUGAUCUUGAAGAAUUUCAGGGUGUUAGGCGACUUGAAUUUGAUGCAAAGGUGACUGAACAAGAUAUGGUGGAGACUUUUAAUAGACCUUUUGAGAUGUGUGUCAAAGACGGUGAUGUUAGCAGUGUUAUGUGCUCUUUUAAUCGUGUCAAUGGCAUUCCAACUUGUGCUGAUGCGUAUCUUUUGAAAAAAUUAGUUAGAGAAGAUUGGAAUUUGCAUGGAUAUGUAGUAGCAGAUUGUGAUUCUAUCAAUGAAAUCGUGAAGAAUCAUAAAUGGCUCAAUGACACAGUGGAAGAAGCUUCGGCUCAAGUGCUAAAAGCAGGUAUGGAUUUGGAUUGCGGAAAGUCCUACCUGAAGCUUGUAGACGCAGUGAAGCAAGGGUUAGUGAAAGAGGCUGAUAUGGACAAGUCACUCAACUACCUUUAUGUGGUAUUGAUGAGGCUUGGGUGGUUUGAUGGAAUUCCGUCUUUGGCAUCACUCGGCAAAAAAGAUAUGUGUACAGAAGAAAAUGUCGAAUUGGCAGCUGAAGCAGCCAGAGAAGGCAUUGUGCUUCUUCAGAAUGAUAAUGAAACUUUGCCAUUAGACCCUGCAAAGUUUAAAUCUUUUGCCCUAAUUGGGCCACAUGCCAAUGCGACUGAUGUAAUGAAAGGAAAUUACGCAGGGUUUCCAUGCAAGUUUAUUACUCCAGUUGAGGGUUUUUCUGCAUUUGGACAAGUGACUUAUGAAUUGGGAUGUCUUGACGCGAAAUGCCCCAAUGAUACCACCAUACAAUCAGCCGUCGAUAUCGCCAAAAAUGCAGAUGCUACUUUUCUUUUUGUAGGGUUAAGUACAGCCAUAGAGGCUGAAUGGCGCGAUCGAAAAGAUCUUCUCCUUCCUGCUAAUCAAACUCUUCUAGUCAAUAAAGCUGCUGAAGCUUCAAAAGGUCCAGUUAUUCUUGUCAUCAUGGCUGCCACUGGAAUUGAUAUUUCCUUUGCUAAAACCAACCCCAAAAUCAAAUCCAUCUUAUGGGUUGGAUAUCCUGGCGAACAAGGUGGUCGUGCUAUUGCUGAAGUUGUUUUCGGAAUGCACAAUCCUGGAGGAAGGUUGCCAAUUACGUGGUACGAGAACAACUAUGUUGAUAAAUUGCCAAUGACAUCCAUGGCUUUAAGGCCAGUCGGAGACUAUCCUGGGAGAACGUACAAGUUCUUCAACGGCUCAACAGUUUACCCUUUUGGUUAUGGAUUAAGUUAUACGAGCUUCAAAUAUGAGUAUAAUUCUGCAGAUAUGUCUCUCGACAUAAAAUUGAAUAGACUUCAACAUUGUCAGGGCUUGCCUUAUAAUGAUACAAAUUACAAGCAAAAUUGCUCUUCAGUUUCGAUUGAUGAUGUAACAUGUAAUGAUGAAAUUACCUUCGAAAUCACGGUGCAAAAUGUGGGGUCUAGAGAUGGAAGUGAUGCUGUUUUGGUAUACUCUGUCCCUCCAGAAGGAAUUGUUGGAACUCCUUUUAAGCAAGUGGUUGGAUUUGAAAGGGUUUAUUUACAAGCAAAUGAGAGCGUCAAUGUCAAGUUUGUGCUUAAUGUUUGUCAAAGCUUGAACAUUGUUGAUGUCUCUGGUUAUAGACUUUUACCAUCUGGGCUGCAUAAAAUUGUAGUGGGAGAUAAUGCGAUAUCAAUUCCAGUCAAAAUUAGUUAUAGUCGAUAG